AUGUCUUCCGCAUCCCCCCGCAUCCCGCCGUUGAAGAGAUGGGCAACUACCGCUAGUGACGCGCAGAUGAACGCUGUUUCAGGCGCCACCAGCGGCCUUGCCUCGGCUAUCUUCACUUGCCCUUUGGACGUUAUCAAGAUUCGGCUUCAAGCGCAAGGAAGCCUCGUGCCAAUCCAUACACGCGCGGCGAACAAGAUACACGCACGAGCACACCCUGAAUUGUACAAUGGCCUCUUUAAAACAGCGCGCCUUAUCUGGAGAGGAGAGGGUUUGCGGGGGAUGUAUCGAGGAAUGGGGCCUCUAGUUAUGGGUUAUCUCCCUACCUGGGCUAUCUGGUUCACAGCCUACAACCGGUCCAAAAGCAUAUUGCCACAGAUUUAUCGUAAUCCUAAUAUUGUGAACAUAAUUUCAUCCAUCGCAGCCGGUACUGCGUCGACUCUAGCAACAAAUCCGAUCUGGACAAUCAAAGUUCGCCUUAUGUCACAAGCGUACCGGCCAUAUGGACGUCGCUUAUUUCAGAGGGGAAGGAUUCAUAGAUCCAACUGGCAAUACCAUUCGACACUCGAUGCCGCCUACAAGAUAUACAUGACCGAAGGUUCAGCCGCAUUUUACUCUGGUCUUAGAGCUUCCUUGUUUGGUCUCUCACAUGUUGCAAUCCAAUUCCCCAUCUAUGAAUACCUGAAAAUAGAAUUCACGGGGAAAGGGAUGGGUGCUUCUCGAUCCAAUGGUGGCGAUACAGCUGAGUGGUUCGGCAUUCUAUCCGCUUCUGUAUUGUCCAAGAUAAUCGCUAGCAGUGUUACAUAUCCUCAUGAAGUGAUUCGGACUAGGCUGCAGACUCAAAGGCGACCAGUUCCUGGCGCUGAGUUUCUCGAAGGCCUCGGAGGGUUCAACCGGUUGCAAAGUGCAGGGCUUCACAGCAUGUUACUGCAGCCCAAAUAUCAAGGGGUCUUUCACACCUUUCAGGUAAUUUUACGAGAGGAGGGUUGGAGGGCACUGUACAAUGGAAUGGGAGUCAAUAUGGCGCGCAGCGUUCCUGCUGCCACAGCCACCAUGUUGACAUAUGAAUAUGUUAUGGGCUCUUUAUUACGGCUACAGGAUGCUGCAAAAGAGGACUUGGAUAGGAGCAGUGAGGCGUUGUGA